AUGUCACUCCGAUGUCGUCCUGUCUCGAUCGAGUCUGUAUCCCCCGAUCGACAAUCAUUUCCUAGUGGUCGAAAGACCUAUCGUGGAAAUGCCCGAAACACGAAUACAGGACUCUCUGUGCCAUUGACCAGCGAAGAAAGCUCCAUCUACAAUGCUGCGCGAGCGGGUUCCGUGGACGAACGUUAUUCAUUGACUCGUAGCACUGAUAAUCCCAUGGACGAGAUCUUAGACAGUGGGAUAGCAGCGAAUAUGGCCAUGUUCAUUCCUUUAGCCCAUGAAGCACAUGCUUCCCAUGCUCUCCAUCUCUCAAAGGGGCAGAUGAUCAAAUGUCCAACGCGUGACUCGCAUCCGUUAUCAGACAACUGCGUCGCAGCGACCGCGAGGUGUGACGAGAAGUCUGAACUUGUUUUGUCGGCCGUCUCAUUGAGGAAGCACUCUCGCGAUACGUCUCGUCAUCGUAAAGUGGCUAGUCUCAAUGACGUAGACGACGUCCAACGAGUUCCGAGAUGGCCAGGACGUAAAUGGUCGCCAGUGCGUCCUGCUAUUCCACGAUUUUCUCCACCGUAUAGAUCACCCACACCCCCGGGCCUUCCAUCUUUCGGAAGUCCCGAAGCGAUGUCCUACUCUACCCAGUUCUUUGUCCGGUCCUUUGUUCGUGAGGGACAUAUCCAACAGAGAGCUCCACCAACCACAGGUACACUCACUUCGAAUGGUGGGGGUGUGGCAUCUCGUGGGGAAACCUUGCGCAGGCUCUUCGGAAUCUCUUCUCCUGCCCCUCCUCGGCCUCCUAGACAGCCGAUCCCCGUUGCAAGGGCUGAAGAUGGUACGGCAGUGCUAGGACGCUUUCCCUAUCKGCAUAGCGCCCAUGGUACGAGCUUGGUCAGGCGACUGGACGACCAUCCUUUCCACCGGAGAGAGCUUCCUGCGACUGAUUGUGAGGCUGUCGAGGAGGAAAGAGAUGCUAACCGUCCGAAUGAAUAUGGUACAAGGUUCGUGAAGCUCGCAAGCUUAGUGCAAGUCGAAGCAUCAAUGCCGACUUUGCGUCCCGCUGAAGAGACUCAUAAUUUCGAUCCUUCUAGUGGCACGCCAGCAAUACCUAAACCGGCCGUGACUGGUCGAUCUCAAAACACACGACUUGCUACGGUGUCCCGAGCAAAAAUCCUCAUUCCUCGACAGACUAGCAACUCCCAAGCACAGCAUGGUCGCACUUCACUGAGUAGCAAUGCGCCCCAGCAACAGAGUUCCGACCGAAUUGGCGAGACUCGUCGAUCCCUCGACGUGACUGGAACAGUCCACGGGUCAGCAGACCCUUUGCUGCAGUUUCUACAGAACAGGGCGCGUUCUCUCUGCUGUUGCCUCCCAGGCUUCGGUGAACAGGACGAUAUCAUAUACUCGCAAUCUUCGAACGACACGUACACCACUGCAAGAAGCUCGCCUGCCAAUGGGAUUAACUGUAGAGUUUAG